AUGAAGGGGAACGGGUCAGGGUGUCUGUGUUUAAUUCUCUUGCUCCUCGAUCAGACCUCUUUCUCCAAGAUGUUUCAGGUUCUUGGUCCAGCUGAUCCUGUUGUUGCUCAUGUUGGUGAAGAUCUUGUUCUCCCCUGUCACCUCAAACCCAACAUCAGUGCUGAGGACAUGCGUGUGGAGUGGAUCAGACUUCAGCUAAAGGACAGGCUGGUGCAUCUUUACCGUGAGAAAAAGAAUAGAAAUGAGGAUCAGAUCCUAUCUUACAGAGGAAGGACAGCACUGUUCCUAGACGAACUGAAUAAAGGCAACACUUCACUAAGACUGACAAGGGUACGGGGCUCUGAUGAGGGAAGAUAUCAAUGUUUCAUUCAGUCUCAACAGUGGGAUGACGAUGCUUCUAUUAAAGUGGAAGUAAGAGUCUGUGUGUCUGUAGGAACUGAGCCAGUGAUCUCCACGGAGGGACACAGAGAUGGGGGCAUCAGCCUGCUGUGUGAAUCCAAAGGCUGGGAUCUUCAACCUGAACUUAUUUGGCUGGACAGUGAGGGACAGAGUCUCCCAGCCGGACCUACAGAGACACACAGAGAUAGUAUGGACCUGUUAAUUGUGAGACGCCGUGUGAUCAUACAGGACAGAGACACUAAAAGUAUCACUUGUCGAGUUCAACUGCAACAACGAAGCGUGGAGAAGGAGGCAGAGUUUGACAUCACAGAGAGGGUUACCCAAAACCAAGAUGAGCUGUCCCCACUAACGAAUGAAUCCAUAAUAAAAGCCCAACAGAAACUGAAAACUGACCUGAAAAAGAAGUUUGAAUGCAUACAAAAAGGUUUAGGAUUAGCAAAGCAUAGUCUCUCAACCCUCCUCCAUGAGAUUGAUACAGAGAUAUACAUCAUAGAGGGGGGAAGUGGGGGAUCAGCAUCCAAGAGACAAACCCCACAGGAGACUGCAGUCCUCUGCAAUGACAUCUUUAAUCCUUUACCCGGUGAAAACAAGGAUAUCAGAACUGUGCUGAUGAAGGGGAUCUCUGGGAUUGGAAAAACUGUCUCUGUGCAGAAGUUUAUUCUUGAUUGGGCAGAAGGAAAAGCUAAUCAGGACAUUCAUUUUAUAUUCCCUCUUCCUUUUCGAGAUCUCAGUUUGAAGAAAGAGAGAAAAUUCAGUUUGAUGCAACUUCUACAGAUCUGCUUUCCAGAACUGAGGGAGAUUAAACGUGUUGAACACGAUGAAGUCAAAGUUUUGUUCAUCUUCGAUGGUCUGGAUGAGUGUCGAAUGCCUCUAGAUUUCCAGAACAGUGAGAUCUUGUGUGAUGUAACAGAGUCAACAUCAAUUGAUUUACUACUGAUUAACAUCAUUAAGGGGAAUCUGCUUCCCUCUGCUCUCAUUUGGAUCACCUCCCCACCAGUAGUGGCCAAUCAGAUCCCUGCUGAGUGUGUCCACCGGGUGACAGAGGUACGAGGGUUUAAUGACCCACAAAAGGAGGAGUACUUCAAUACGAGAGUUGGUGAUCAGAACCUGGCCAACAGAAUUAUCUCACACAUUAAUUCAACCAAGAAUCUCAACAUCAUGUGUCACAUACCAGUCUUCUGUUGGAUUUCUGCUGCUGUUCUGGAGACAGUAUUAGGUGAAGGAUACAGUGGAGAACUCCCCAAAACUGUGACUGAAAUGUACACAUACUUCCUGCUCCUUCAGACUAAUGUGAAGAAUGACAAGUAUAGUGGCACAAAUAAGACAAACCCAGAGGAGAUGUCAGUGUCAGAUACAGAAAUUAUCCUGAAACUGGGGAAGCUUGCUUUUCAACAGCUGGAAAAGAGCAAUCUAAUAUUCUGUAAAAAAGACUUGAGAGAGUGUGGCAUCGCUGUCAGUGAAGCUUUAGUGUACUCUGAGGUGUGCCCAGCAAUCUUUAAAAAGGAGUCUGGGUUGUAUCAGAAGAAUGUCUUCAGCUUUGUGCAUCUGAGCAUCCAUGAGUAUCUGGCUGCCUUUUAUGUAUUUCAUUCAUUUGUAAUUGAGAACAGAAAUGUACUCAGACCAGAUGAAUCAAGACCUGAAGGUGACAAAAUACAGCUGUCCGAAAUACACAGGAGUGCAGUGGAUGACGCCUUACAGAGCAAGGAGGGACAGCUGGAUCUUUUCCUCAGAUUCCUUCUUGGCCUCUCACUAGACACUAAUCAUAUCCUUCUGCAAGGCCUUCUGAAACAGAUAGGAGGCAGAUCACAAAGCAUAGAGGAAACAGUAGAAUAUAUUAAGGAGAAGCUCAGAGAAGAAUCCUCAGCAGAGAGGGCUAUAAAUCUAUUUCAAUGUAUUAGUGAACUGAAUGCCAACUCUCUCGUGGAGGAAAUCCAGAAAUCCGUGAGAUCAGGAUCACUAUCUCAUAAAGAGCUGGAACCAGACCAAUGUUCAGCUCUGGCCUUUGUGUUGCUGAUGUCAGAGGAGGUCCUGGAUGUGUUUGACUUGAAAAUGUAUGACACAUCAGCAGCAGGACAUCAGAGACUGUUACCAGUAGUAAAGAACUGCAGGAAGGCCAUGCUAGACAGUCAUGAUCUCACACACAAGUCAUGUGACACUGUGGCAUCUGCUCUCCAGUCAGUCCCCACACACCUGACAGAACUGAUCAUCAGCUAUAAUAACCUGGGAGAUUCAGGAGUGGAGCAGCUCUGUGCUGGACUGAAGAGCCCCAACUGUAAACUAGAGAGACUGAUAUUGGACAGCUGUAAUCUCACAGAGAAGUCAUGCGAGACUGUGGCUUCAGCUCUCCAGUCAGUCCCCUCUCACCUGAUAGAGCUGGACCUCAGCUUCAAUCAACUGAGAGAUUCAGGAGUGGAGAGGCUCUGUGCUGGACUGAAGAGUCCAAACUGUAAACUGCAGGGACUGAGAUUGGACAGCUGUGAACUCACAGAGGAAUCAUGUGACACUAUGGCCUUUGCUCUCCAGUCAGGCUCCUCUCACCUAAUAGAAUUGGACCUCAGUUGCAAUAACCUGGGAGAUUCAGGAGUGGAGCGGCUCUGUGCUGGGCUAAAGAGUCCAAAAUGUGAACUACGGAGACUGGGGCUAUCUGGCUGUCGGAUCACAGAAACAGGCUGUGUGUCACUGGCUUCAGCCCUGCGUUCAAACCCCUCACAAAUGAGGGAGCUGGACCUGAGCAGCAAUCACCUUGGGGACUCAGGAAUGAGAGCACUGUCUACUGGACUGGAGGAUCCCAGCUGUAAACUAGCAACACUGCUUCUGUGUGAGUGUAAUCUCACAGAGGACUGCUGUGAUGAUCUGGCCUCAGUCCUGUGUUCACCCCACUCGGAGCUGAGAGACCUACAGCUCAGAGACAAUGACCUGCUGGAUUCAGGAGUAAGAGUGCUCUCUGCUGCACUGGAGGACCGACAGUGUGAGCUGCAAAGAUUGGGGCUGUCAGGCUGUCGAGUUACAGAGAGAGGCUGUGCCUCUCUGGCCUCAGCUCUGUGUUCAAACCCCUCACACCUGAGAGAGCUGGAUAUGAGCUACAAUCACCUGGGUGAUUCAGGAGGGAGAGCAUUCUCUGCUGUACUGGAGGACCCCAGCUCCAAACUGGAGACAGUACUUGUGGACCAUGGAGAGAAGAGCAGGGACAAACCAGGAUUGCUGAAAUAUGCAUGUCAGCUCACUCUGGACCCCAACACAGCGCACAGAAACCUGGCUCUGUCUGAGGGAGACAGAAAGGUGACCUGGGGGAUAGAGCAGCCAUAUCCUGAUCACCCAGAGAGAUUUGACCACUGGGAGCAGGUGCUGUGCAGAGAGGGUCUGUCUGGGACUCGCUGUUACUGGGAGGCUGAGUGGAGUGAGAGUGGGGAGGUUGAUAUAGCAGUGACAUAUAAAGGAAUCAGCAGAAAAGGAGAGGACACUGACUGUGUGUUUGGAGAGAAUAUAAACUCUUGGACUAUGUUCUGCUCUGAUGUCGGUUACUCAGUCUAUCACAAUGAUAAAAGAACAGAUGCAUCUGCCCCUCCCUCCCCCUCCCACAGAAUAGGAGUGUAUCUGGAUUGGCCAGCUGGCAUUCUGUCCUUCUACAGCGUCUCCUCUGACACACUUACCCUCCUGUACAGAAUCCACACCACCUUCACUGAACCCCUCUAUCCUGGGUUUGGGGUUUUAGACUCAAUGUCCCUGUGUCAUCUGGAGUAGAGCCCUGUACCACACACAUACACAUACGCACACACACACAUUGAGGACCACCUGUUAGAAGCUGCAAUGUCUUCAUGCAGAUGCUCUGUUUCUUUAGAAACAAAUUAAGAUAGCAGCAUCUUUGAAAAUUCACCCUCUCAUCUUCAAUUAAAGAGGAUAAUCUGAAUGAGAAAAACCUUUGUAAGAGAUGUCCCUCCGAGAAGCCCCUGUUGACAGAUUGAUAGUGUUCAUCUUGUUUUUUGAUGAGAUAUAAGCAGAUCCAAGUUUCCCAACUUCUGUGAAGGGAAGAACCUGAAGGACAUUCCACUUCUCUUCAAUG